AUGAGCUACGCAAACGGCCGGCCGCCGGUCACAGAUGAUGUCCGCCAACAUAUCAUCUCAUCCCUAUUUGCGCGGACGGACGAGAACGGAACCCCGGAGGAAACGCUCAUCUCGUUUGUCAAGGUGCACGAGGAUGAUUCGGGCAUCGACGGCGCCCCAUCUGGCGGAGCAGGUGUGAAGCAGCGCUAUCUGAUGCUGGCGGUGACCAAGCUGGGGAAGGUGGUGAUCCACAAGGCGAAGCGGAAUAGCAAUUUGACGUUUAGUAAGGGGAAGACGUGGAAUCUGGAGGAUGUGCGGGUAGUGGAGAUGAUAGGGCCGAUCGACUUUGCCCUUACGAUGACUAUACGGCGGUAUCACUGGCAGACCGACCGGCCGAAGGAGCUCUUAACGUUCCUCACCGCCCUUGUCAAGGUAUAUCGGACAUAUACCAAGGGCCAGUCGCCCGAGCUCAUCAACUUUCCUCCCCCUUCCGAUAGUCGACCUACUACCGCGACGUCCAACUCGUCGGAAAGCAUACACAGCGCGGCGUAUGACGGCCAUAUCUCUCCCGCAUCACCCUCACAUAUCCCCUCCAAUAUCGACCUGCGUCCACCCCAAAUGCCGAAGACUCAGCGGUCGGGCAGCUCCUCCUCCUUCGCGUCUGUCCAGAGCUCGUCUUACGGGGAGCAACCUCAGGGCUCUCGCACUCGUCUUAGUUUCAGUCGGUCGCCCUUGUCAGACUCGAACAUUCCUCCGGCGCGUACGAGCUUCGAGAGGCGGCCGUCUGGGGACAGCAGGCUGGGCGUGAAUGGCCACGGCAGGUCUACACCUGGUGCAGUCUCUCCGGGACCGUACGGGCACUCCAAUGGGAGCGGGAGCGGACUUGGCUUGGGUGUGCCCAUGUCCGCGGGCAGACUGGGGGACCGGCCCACGGCGCCGCAGAGGGAGAUGAGCGAGACGUCCAAUUACCCGGACCGGCCAGAUCGAGCCCGUCAACCAAGCGUAGACCGCGUGCAGCACUCGGCCAGGCCAGUCUCCCCUGCUUCUCCAGAACGCCCCUCUCGACCCAGCCGCGGCACACCCCGAGGCUCGGCAGAUAUGGUUGCGAAUGGCAGCGCGAGCGGUAGCGGCAGCCGGGACUACACAUCACGACCUGCGCUCUCAGAUCGGAAAGAUCAUACUCCCGCACCGAUACAAUCUCAGCUCGCCCCCAUCAUUACCACUACUCUCCCCUCGCCGUCAGUCCCGUCACAAGAGACCCUCUCCCCUCUGCCCGGCGACCACAAAAAGCCUACACGCCGCGCUUCAUUUCAUCCGCCACCACUUACGACGGCCUUCUCGCGGGAAGUCCUGCUUACCAGCCGCACAGGCUUACUACCUGGUGCGGGCUUGACUGUGGACGAGGGGGAGGCGAAGGAGGAUGCGGUGAUGGCGAGUGUGGAAGAAAUGCUCGAGGGAUUUGACUGGACGGCACCUGCUGCCGGCGCAGAUGGCAGUGUCAAGAAGCAGGGAGCAGAUGCUAUAGAGUCAAGAUUACUAGAUGAGCUGGCAGCUCUGGAUUCGGCAAACAUUCACGCUUUCCUCGAGUCUGACGACAGGAUAGCCCAAGUCCUAGGUCAUAUCGAUGAGGCCUUACUCGAGCUCGAAGAUAUCGAUUCUCAAAUAACAGGCUACCGAGUACAUCUCAAUGCUGUCACGGAGGAUAUCAAUUACAUUGAGAGCCAAAAUCGAGGGCUGCAAGUUCAGACGUCCAACCAGCAGGCAUUACUGGACGAGUUGAGGCAGCUUCUUCAAAUCGCUGAGGUGCCACCCGAAGAUCUCAAGAUCCUGCAGCAAGAAUCGCCAAGCACAUCGCGAGGUGUGCAAGAGCUCGAGAAGGCUGCGGCGUCCCUAUAUAAAGCUUUGCAAGCGGGUAUGGACUCAGCCAACGCCGAGGUACAAGCGACAAUACACCGUCUACGGGAGUAUCAGGAGUCCUCAUCCCAAUUCUGCAAGCGGCUCCUUGACUACCUCGAGAUCACCUUUAAAUACCAGUCUGACCAGACGUUGUCCGACUUCCGUAAGCAGGGCAAAGCGGGCGGGUUGCGGCCACAUACGACUAUGGGCGAGUACCUCAUGAUGUAUGAGGGUCUGGUGCUGUUCAUGAAGGAGAUGGACGAGGGGAGAUAUCAACGGCUAUGCUCGGACUACUUCUCUACCGCUAGCGCACUGCAUCAAAGCGAGAUGAAGGACCUGUUGAUGGGACACAUGGGGACCAUCAAGACGUCCGCAGCGGGAGAGCCGAAUGAAGCCUCUUUCGUCAGUGCCGCUGCAGCCAGCGCUCAGAACAAGCCUUCCGCACUGCAAAAGUCGAGAGCAGUCAUAGGGUUCGGCGGACAGGGCAAGGAAGCGGCAGCAGCCAAACAGCGGAAUGGCGAUGAUGGCAGCCUCAAGAUCGGCGAGCUAUACCAAUCCGCCCUGACCGAGAUCAUCAACCAAGUCAUCACUGAGGAGGACUACAUCAAUGCUUUCCUGCAUAUGAGCGAUACCGAAUCCACCUUUGCGGACCACAUGGAGCUCGACUCGUACUUCCGUCGUCAAGCGGCUCGACAUGCUAGCGGCGGGAUGAGCAAGGGCAUGGUCCAGCUCGUGCGGAGUAUGAUGGACUUGGUGUUUGGCUUCGUGCCUGUCGAGCUCAUACACUGGGUCGAGGCUGCGGUUGACCGGAACCCAAUUUCGGUGAUCGGCGUCAUUGGUAUCACCGAGAGACUGGCGAAAGAGGCCGAGCAGGAGAAUACUAGCAUAUACUUCAGCCAGCUGUUUGAUCGCCUCCUCGCCAAGCAGCAUACGAUCUUCGAUGCUUACAUCAAUGAGCAAGUCAAAGUCAUUGAUUCUGCAAAGUCGAGCAGCAAGCGGAGACGUGGAGUGACCUUCUUCAUCCGCCACUUUCCAUUAUUCGUCGAGCGCAUGGAGGCUCAGGUCGAGGGCAAUGGCGACCUGGACAUCCGCCGCCGAGUCAAUGACGGAUACGAAAAGAUUGUCACUGCGAUAUUUGCGAGUUUGACGCAUCUAGCCAAGAUGGACAAGGGGGAAGGACAGGCCGCCGAGGAUAAGGGCCAGCUAAACUACCACGUUAUCAUGAUCGAAAACAUGUACCACUUUGUCGAGGAUCUUCGACGGAUAGAUGCCUCAGUUUUGGCGGUCUUCCUGGAACGAGCAAAGGGGCUGUACGAGGACAAUAUGAGCAGUUACACCAGGAUGCUCAUACGUCGCUCUUUCGGUCGUCUGAUGGACUUCUUCGACGGAGUCGAGCGGCUACUACAAACUACCCCGCCGAAUGAGAUCUCCCUCAAUCCCACCUACUCUCGCUCGACUCUCAAGAAGAUCCUCCGCGACUUCUCGAUUAAGGAUAUGAAGAAGGCGGUGGAUGCGAUGGCAAAGCGUGUCGACAAACACUUUACCGACGAGGAGGCAGCGGGAGGUGCUGCCGGCGGGGUAGACCCGGCUUCGGCUGCGCUGAUCCAGGCGGUAUGGGUCGAGGUGACGAAGGAUCUGAAGAAGGAAACGGCGAGGGACGACAAGAUGAUCCGGGACAGCUACAAGGAGGGCGGACUGGAUCUCGAGUAUGGAGCAGGGGAUGUGGAUGCUGCUUGUAAGCGGGCCAAGUCAUAG